AUGACAAUGUGUGAAUUGGGAGUGCCCGUUCUCUAUCUUCCCGAUGCGAUCGGUUUCGCCGAAGGAUGGCUCAACUUUUUGCCCGUUCAAUAUCCAUUUUUGAUGGCUCCAGAAGUGGUUGAAGUCUAUCACUCGAAUCCAGAGCGAGUGUUCGCCUAUGAAUUCCAUGGGAAUACCUACGUUUUAAUCGUCGUCUCCACUUACUUGAUC